AUGGAAAGAAAGAAAAAGCCGAAAGACACAGUUUCAGAACUGAAGUGUACAGACAAUGAUAACUUGGGAUUAAAGUUAUGUGAAGAAUGCAUGAAAUGUAAUAGGGAAAAGCUACAAAUUUUGGUUGAAACAGAAAAGGCUGCCAGUUUGGAUUUAGGACCAUCAUUGGAAGUUUAUAAAAGUGAAAUGCGAGACAUUACACAUUCCAUGAUGUCAAAAAUGGAGAUUCUUGAAAAAGCCAUAUAUGCACAAAAUGAAGAAUGGUCAGAUUUAAGAAAAAGAAUGGAAAAUAUAUCUAUAAUUUCUUUAAAACAGUUGGAAGAUAAUGAGAAAAUAACUAAAAAAACAGUUGAAAAAAGUGAACAAGUGUUAAUGAAAUAUUCAGAAGCUGUAAAAGGAAAGGUUGACACUCUUGCGACUGAUGUUAAAAAGAUGCAAAAAUCCAUUUUAGAUACAACUACCAAAAUAGAUAUUAAUAAUGAUAGGGAAAAAAGAAAAAAUAACAUAAUAUUAUAUAAUUUAGAUGAGAAGGAAAAUAACCCCAGGGUAUGUGUUGGCAAACUGUUGAAAGAGAUUGCUGAUAUAGAUUCAGAAGUGGUUGAUAUAUCCAGGUUGGGUAGAAAAUCAGAGGAGGCCAAACCAAGACCAGUUUUAGUACAACUAGCAAGUUUAACUACCAAGAAUUUGUUGUUUGCAAACUGUUUUAAACUGAGAAACUCAACAUGUUUUAGUAAAGUUAUAAUAAAUCAUGAUCUAUCUAAGGAAGACAGAAUCAGUAAUAAAAAAAUUCUUGAAGAGAAAAAAAGUUUUGCUGAAGUCAACAAAAGAGGUUUGGUGUUGUACUAUAAAAAUUCAAUAGUUGUUUCUGAGGUUGCCAUGAAAUCAGAUUUCAAAGAACAUAUUUCUGUUAAACUUGUGAUGUCCAAAAGUAUUUUAAAUAUUGUUUUUAUUUACAGAAGUCCAAAGUCUGAUGAAAAAAACAAUAAAAAUUUGUUAUCUUUGUUAAUUGAGGGUCUUUCAUUAAAUGGUGAUUUCCUAAUGUUGGGAGAUUUUAAUUUUCCUGAAAUUGAUUGGGAGACAUUUAGUUGCAGAGGAAGUGAUGAAAAAAUUGAAAAUGAAUUUUUGAGUAUUCUGAAAGAUAAAUUCUUAAUUCAACAUAUUAACUUUCCAACAAGAUUCAGAGAUGGACAGGCAGCAAACAUCCUAGAUCUGGUAAUAUCAGCUAAAGAGUUGGUCCGCAACAUUAUGCAUCAUCCACCUUUGGGUAAUAGUGACCAUUCUAUUGUGGAAUUCAAAGUAAUAGGUUUCAGAUGCCCACCUGAGAAAUACAAGAAAAAGUAUUGUUAUGAUUCAGGAAAUUAUGAAAGUCUUUGCAUCAUAAAAAAACAUCUCAGAGUUGUAAGGGCUAAUUAA